AUGAGAGCCCAGAGGCAGAUUUGGCUGCUAUUGGCGAUUCUAGCCCAGCCACUCCGAGUCUACUCCCGUGGUUGGUCUGUCAUUGACAUCAACCGAGAUGAGAGUGAGGUAGUCGAGCGAGAUGUGUGCGUCGUGGGCGGAGGAGCCAGCGGUGUUCAUGCUGCGGUAUCACUCAUGGACUUGAACAAGACUGUGAUCGUGAUCGAGCGCGAUGCCCAGCUAGGAGGUGCCACACAAACGUACAUAGAUCCGGACACCGGGGCGCCCGUGGACAUCGGCGUGGUUGUCUACCAGCCGUUCCCGGCCGUGCAGGAGUUCUUCGACAAAUUCCAGAUAUCAUUGAUCAACACAUCAACUGCCGACGUUAAUGCGCCGGGCCAGCCACCAAAUCCUUCCGUUCCCGCCCCUUUAUUCAACACCAUUCGGAAACACGCAGACUUCCGGGACGGCUCGGAUGUAUCGUGGACUGAGUUCCCCGAUGUUGCGGGUGCUUUGCAACGAAUGGCUGCAGUGCUGUCCCAAUAUUCGUACGUUUUGGAAGGCGACGAUCUUCCGGAUCCAGUGCCACAAGAUCUGUACUCGCCUUUCGGUGAAUUCGUGGACAAGUACAACCUGUCGGCCGCUUUUCGGAUUACAUACGCAGUCGGACAGGGAACAGGAGACAUGCUUCAUAUGCCCACCAUUAACGUCAUCAAAUACUUCAACCUGGGAGACAUUCAGGCCCUAUCUCAGGGCUACCUGACAUCAGCAAAGGGGAACAACUCAGAGCUGUAUUACAAGGCCACCGAAUAUCUGGGAGCACGAAAUGUCAUGCUCCAAUCCACGGUCAUCGCCACCGAGCGCCAAAACACAUCAACAGGCCGAUCCGAACUCCUCGUCUCAAGCCGCGACGGCGGCCCCAAACUCCUCUCAUGCUCCCAGAUCCUCCUGACCAUCCCGCCCACCCUCUCCAACCUCGCCGGCUGGGACCUCACCCCGCAAGAGCGCGCCGUCUUCUCGCAGUACACCACAGCCAACGGGUACUGGACGGGCCUGGUCCGCGGCAUCGGCAUGAACCAGACCGUGAGCUUCGACAACGCCGCGGCCCACACCCCCUUCAACAUCCCCGUGCUGCCCGCGCUGUACCACGUCGCGCCCGUCGGCACCAUCGACGACGUGUGGUGGGUCAAGUUCGGCGCCGACGCGCCGACGCUCACGGACGCGCAGGUGCGGGCCUACGCCACCCGCCAGAUCCAGACGCUGCAGGCGGCCAAGGGGUUCCCCGUCACGGAGCCGGAGUGGCUGGUCUUCAAGUCGCACUCGCCGUUCCACUUGCAGGUUCCGGGCGAGGCGAUCCGGGACGGGUUUUAUACGGAGUUGUCGGCGCUGCAGGGGGGGCUGGGUGGGACUAUGUUUUACAGCGGCGCGGCGUUCCAUACUCAUUACAGUGCUUAUCUGUGGCGGUUCAACCGUGAUGUUGUGAUCCCCAAGAUGCUGAACCAGGCUGGACGCGUGUGA